AUGGCGAAUCUUCAGACAAGUCGAACGCCAGAAUCGACACCACAUGAGGAGGGAGACGGCCAUCAGCUGUCUCCUACCAGCUCAUCAUCGUCAUCCGCCUCCUCUUCGACCUUUGCUGCCAACGAAAGAAAUGGUGGUCCCUCGACGCGACGACCUCAACCUCGGCCUCGGCCCUCAGGCUGUACCUCUUCGCUCAACGAGAAGAGCCACCAUGAUGGCCACCGCCCGUGUGAUCUCGAGAUGCAAAGAACGAGCUCUCGCGCCACGGGCAGAGACGACAAUGGAUGCCAGCUGAGACGAACCAUGUCACGACGGGACACGAUCCUCUCCAAGAUUCGUUCCCGGCCGAGCGUUCCUCCUUUCUCCCACCCAUUGGCUCAUGUGCCCACGACGGAAGAGCAGCUGGUCGAUUAUGAAGGGCCCGACGAUCCAUACCAUCCCCUGAACUGGCCCACCAAGAAAAAGGUUCUUACAACACUACUAUACGGCUUUGUCACCAUGACGGCAACGUGGGCAUCGUCUUCCUAUGCCGCCGGCACCGAACAGAUUGCUACCCAGUUUCGCGUCUCGAGACAAGUGGCCACCCUCGGCACGUCCCUGUACCUCAUGGGCUUCGGCGUCGGUCCGCUUCUCUGGGCGCCGCUCUCGGAGGUCUACGGCCGUCGUGCCGCUGUCCUGUCGCCCAUGUUUAUCGCCAUGUGCUUCUCGUUUGCCUCGGCGACGGCGAAGGACCUGCAGACGCUGAUGCUGACGCGCUUCUUUGGCGCCCUCUUCGCCUCGGCCCCCGUCACCAACACAGGCGGUGUGCUUGGCGACCUGUACACGCCGGCGUACCGCGGUAUAGCCAUGGCCGGCUACGCCAUGGCUGUCGUCGGCGGGCCUACGCUUGGCCCCAUCGUCUCUGCCGCCCUCGUGUCCGAUCCGUCGCUCGGCUGGCGCUGGACCGAGUAUGUCACGGGCAUGCUGCAGGCCUUUGUCUUGUUCAUCGCCGUGCUCGUCAUUGACGAAUCGUAUCCGCCGCGCCUCCUCGUCGACAAAGCUCGCCGCCUGCGUUAUGAUACAGGGAAUUGGGCACUACACGCGAAAUUCGAAGAGUGGGACGUCGGCGUCGGCGAGCUGGCGCGCAAGUUCUUGGUGCGGCCGCUGCAGCUCAUUGCGACGCCCAUCUGCUUUCUCGUUGCCCUGUACGCCAGCUUCUGCUACGGCAUCCUCUACAUGCAGCUGGGCGCCAUCCCCUUCAUCUUUGGCGUCGAGCGCGGCUGGCCCGCCGUCAGCGCCGUGCUGCCCUUCCUCGCCAUCCUGCUCGGCGCCAUCACGGGCGCCGUCAUCAACACGCUCAACCAGCUCGUCUACAACCGCUCGUACCACGCCGCCGGCGACCGCGCCGUACCAGAGAAGAGGCUGCCGCCCAUGAUGCUUGGCAGCGUGCUCUUCGCCGUGGGCCAGUUUGUCACGGGCUGGACGGCCGGCCCAGCGACCACUCACUGGAUGGUGCCCGUCUUUGGCCUCUACCUCACGGGCUGCGGCUUCAACACCAUCUUCCAGGCGGCGCUCAACUACCUCGUUGACACAUUCCAGAUGUACGCCGCCAGCGCCGUCGCCGCCAACACGUUCCUGCGCAGCUGCUUCGCCGCGGCGUUCCCGCUCGUCGUCGGGCCGCUGUACUCCAACCUCGGCGUCGGGCCCGGGUCGAGCAUCUUUGCGGGCUUUGCCGUGCUGCUGGUGCCGGUGCCGUUUGUGUUUUACGUGUUUGGUGAGAGGAUUCGGGCAGCCAACAAGUGGAGCAAAGCCAGCGUCGUGGUGUGA